UGAUAAAGUUCUAUGGAAAUAUUCCCCAGCAGAAAAUUUGUGAAUGCUAUUGUUUUAAUAUUUGUUAUAGGUUUUCAUAGACUAAGGUAACGGGUACUGCUUACACGUACAGGUAGGUAUUUACCUGUUCAAAGUCAUUACCUAGGUGAGACAUUUGAUAUCCACCUGACGGAGUGUAUGUACCUGUAGUUAGGAUUGUCUAUUACGUAGUUAAAUCAGGUCUAGUUAAAUAUAUAACGAGCAGGUUCUAAACACAAAUAACUCUGGACAAAGUGUUUGCUUGAACAAAUAUGGAUAAAGAGCAGAAGAAGAGGAUCACGUCAAAUAUAACCUUCCUGAAAGAGAGGUUAGGGUAUCUUGACCCCAUCCUUGACCACUUGGUGGACAGGAAUGUCUUUACGUAUGAUGAACGUGAGAGAAUCGAUAAGGUGAACCCGCCAACUCCUCACAAGAAGUUCAACGAGUUUAUCCAGUUAUUGCUCGCCUCAUCCGAGCCUCACGCGUUCACCUCCUUCAUACAGAGUCUGGAGGAAGAACGAUUCUUCAAUAUCGUGGAAAAACUCUGCAAGGAUGCUCAUCCCGGAUAUUGGGCCGGUCGUCCAAAUGCUAGAGCGUCGUCGUCAAUGGUGAGGGAGAGUGCACUAGCUCAACAACUCCGUCCACAGACAAGCAUGCAGCCUCGGAAGGAGCACACUGUCCAUGCUACUACGGGAGUCUACCAUAUGUCAUCAGAGGCAUCCGUGACACAGAUAUUGGGGCCGCAUUCAGCAGAACAUCAUCAACUCCCACAGCAGCACCAUCCUCAGCACGCAGUUGUUGGAGCGUCAGGUGGGCGCAACGACAGCGGAUUCGCAAGCGGUGCAAGUGGCGCAAGUCCAGCCUCUGAUAGGGUCAACCAGAUGACUAUGGAUCGGAUGACCACAGCCAUUGGUCAAAUGUUUGCUGAAUUCAGCGGCAAGGUGACCAAUGAUCUUCUUGAUGGAUUUGAAAGACGUCGCCAUGAAGAGAGAAUGGAAAUUGAAUUGUCUAUGGAGAGAAAAAUUUCUCAAGAAAUCGAAAGAAAAAUGGAUGAAAAAUUAAAUGCUUUCCGUGGUGAUUGGGAGGACCAAAAGACGUCACUGAUUGACAGGAACGAAAAGGCGCUAUUCUCCUUACAAGACAGCGUAGAACAGCUCCGGAACUCUUCGGACGCUUACAACCAACUAAAGCAAAAGUACGAUCAGUUGCAACAAACUCAUGCACAGAUGAGGGACAAGGAGAACGAGAGAUGGUCCAAGCUAUCUACAACCAACAAAGAAAACACACAGCUGAGGAGCGAGCUCGAAAUGUCCAACAUAGAGAUUAUCAACCUGAGAGAACGUGUGGAUGAAUUGGAGUCGGACAAUCGUGCUAUGAAAGACAAUGAACUUACAGAUCAACACCGAAUUAACCAAAUGGUUGCUGAGAAGGAGGACCUCAUUAUCGAGCUGGAAAGAGCAGAGCGGGAAAAGAUGGAUCUGAAGAUGAGAGUGGACUCCUUGUCGCGAGAGAUAGAACGUCUACUUAUGCAGCAACAGGAGCGCGCCAAUAAGGACGACAAGGCUUACCAAGAGGCACUGAAGAAGCAGAACGAAAGGCUCGACGAACUGUACAAGGUCGUCCAGGCGCUUACCGAGCGAGAGCGGCAGUCAAAGACACUCUUCAUCGGCGGAAACGCUGUACAGAAAUCUGCACGCAUGUCAAGACCCAACAAAUAAAUAUCUGGAU